AAACCUUGGUCGAAAUAACCCCAUGACGCAAGCAUUAUUUUUACUCUCGGAAUUAAUUUUACUGAUUUCUGAUGUUCGAUCACCACAGAUACAAUUAUCCAAUCGAAAACUUCAAUACAAAAAUUAAUGUAUAAUGAAUUUCUCGAUUGGACAAUCACGUCCAACUGGUAUCAGUCAACAUAGUUAAAUUCGAGUGUAAGUAAAGACUUCAGUGUGUGAACCAGUGUGAAUGGUCACGUGGGUGCGUUACGGUACGCUAUGCAAAAUCUCUCUACUCUCAAUUUGUGUCAGUUGAAAUCGUGUUAGGUUAUAACUCUCUAAAUGCAUUUUGAUUUAUUCAUAAAAAAGAUCGUGGAUAUUGGUUUUUGUGAAGUUAUAGGACGUUAUGGAUGUUACACCUUUCCUGGAAGUAUCGUUGAAAACAGAAGACGGCGAGGUGGGAGGUGAAGCAAGAAGUUUUACUCCUGGCUUAUGUGAAGUCCAGAUUAAGGAGGAGCCUGAAGAACCCGUGCCAGGAUUCUGUGAAGUGCUAAUAAAAGAGGAGCCCUUAGAUGAAAAUGGUGAUGAAUAUAUGGAGGAGGAUGAGGAGGAAGAGGGAGUUGCAGGGAAAACUGAAGAUGACAGAAGUACACAUGACAAGAAUGAACGAGUCUUGCAGAUUCUUGCAGAUGCUGUUGAAGAGGAGAAGAGAAAUAAAGCAUCCAGAGGCAAAGCGAUUAGAGGAAGUUGGAGAUCUAGCGAAAAAUGUGUUGAGGCAGCAGCAAGUGAUGUGGUCCCCAUUGACCUGUCAAAGAAGGAGGUGACAGUUGCAGGCAAGCGAAAGGCGGGGUCGGAGGAGGGCGCGGGCGGGCGCACGCCGAAGAAGCACCCGUGCGCGCAGUGCGGCAAGGCGUUCGCCACGCCCUCCCACCUGCGCACGCACGUGCGCACCCACUCGGGCACCAAGCCCUUCCGCUGCCCGGACUGCGCCGCCGCCUUCGCGCAGAGCAACAACCUGCGCCGCCACCUGCGCACGCACACGCGCGAGCGGCCCUACAAGUGCGCGCAGUGCGACUGCGCCUUCAGGGACUCGUCGCACCUGCAGCGCCACCGCCUGCUGCACACGGGCGAGCGACCCUUCCGGUGCGACGAGUGCGGCACGGCCUUCGCGCAGAGCAACACGCUGCGCGACCACGUGCGCCUGCACACGGGCGAGCGGCCCUUCCCGUGCGCGCUCUGCCCCGAGGCGUUCGUGCGCCGCUCGCACCUCAACGCGCACCACCUGCGCGCCCACGCGCACGACGGCGCGCCCAGCUAAGGCCGGCGCCGGCGCCGACGCCGCGGACGGGAGAACCCGGAGAAAAAGCAACAACAACGAACAACCUGCGCUUUCUGGUGGUUGGAAGGGGUUAAAAAAAUGUUCGAGUUUUGUAGCCGUUCCAGGAGUGGAAAAAGGAGUUUUUGUUCGAUUAGUGCUGUGAUGUUGGAGUGGCGGGUUGGGGAAAUGGGAGAACCCCGAGAAAAUCCGCUUUUCUCGCCGUUGGGAGGGUAAAAAUAAAUCAUUAUUUCCCAUGUAUCGUGGCCUUUCCCGGGGUGAACGAAGGCUUUUUGUUCGAUUGGUGGUGUGAUGUUGGCGUGACAGGCUGGGAAAAUGGAAGAACCCGGAGGAAACCCGCUUUUCUCGUAGUUGGGAGGGUAAGAAUAAAUAAUUUAUUUACCAUGCCUCAUGGCCUUUCCCGUGGUGGGCGAAGCCUUUUUUGUUCGAUUAGUUGGGAUGACAGGCUGGAGAAACGGGUAUACACCGGGAAACCGUGCUUUUCUGGUUGUUGGGAAGGCAAAAAAUGCUUCCACAAGCCUCGUAGCCGUUCCAGUAGUGGACAAAGUUUUUUUUUUUAAUUUUAAAAGAAUCCACGUCUUGUAGCCGUUCUGGAAAUGGGGUUAUGGAUUGGUGGUAUCAGUGCGGGUCUGACAAUUUAAGGAACCGGGGGAACUCCCCGAAAAAACUGCCUUCAGCGAACCGGCUUUUUUUGUCCGCCACAGAUUUCACGUGCGACGACGGAGAUUUUUGAACCUCAACAGCCGAGGUGGAGGGCUGGUAUGUGAUGCCCCCCCCCCCUACCUCUUUGGCUCCGCAGACAGCUGAAACGCCUCACGCGUGCGUGUCGCCCUGUGGGCAUAGAGUAGAGAUAUUUUUCUCCUCUAUGCCUGUGGGUCGUGUGAAACGAUCCCGAGGCUGGCGAGUGGGAGUGUAUUAUCCACGAUAAAAGAAAUGGCUGAGCUACCGCGCAUAGUAUCAGACUUCAGCCAAUGAGCUUCAUGCAUCAGUUUACGUCACAAUAUUAGCGAGAAUUGUAAAUACAGCUAGAUACCAAAACAGUUAUCUCUUUGUUACAACUCAUUGAAACAUAUAUGAAGUUUUUUUAAUAUUACGACUCUUAUUCCAACUUUCAUCUUCAUGUUAUUUUUGUUUGGUCAACAUCGAAAAUUAUCACUUAAUGUCACUUUCAAAAGGAUUUUCAACGCUUCUCGCUUACCAUGUAGCAUGGCGGGCGGCGUCUGGCUUGGUUUUUCAUGUGUCCAUGUUGUGGUCACGUGGUUCAUGACGUACUAUCUGGUGCUGCGCUGAACGUGCAGAAGUCGGUGCGUCGGACUAGCUCAGCCAUGUCUUUCAUCUUGGUAUUUUUGUAUUAAUAUUUAUUGUGAUCUUUCAGACUGCCCAGGAGAUUUUUCAGUCAUGCGGAUGGAAAGUGGAACAGGCUGCUUUAGUAAAGAAUGAGCCACGAAGAUGUUGAUGGUUUCUUCAAGAUGAUGGUUGCUUCAAGAUCUACCAACACCCAGAGGCCCAAGUUUGUUUUUAUUUCAUAACUAAGAAAUAAGUUCCGUGGUGGUAGCAGAUAUCUUGUGGUAAUCCAUAGUAUUGUAAAGGAAAUAAUCUCCACAAAAGUUUU